UCACUAAAUGUCUUUAUUUGCAUUGACCCCGCUGUAUCUUUCACUGAAGCAAAAAUUAAUGUGAUUCACGGGACGAGAGAUUUUGCGCAGCGACCCAAAGGAUGAUCUGGAUGCUUCAUCCGCAACAUGGAAAAGCAGGAGAACACACUGCUGCUGCAUCCCUGCAAUAAAACACAACCAGGAGUCUGGGAAUUUCAUCGGCUGAGGAUUUUAGCCUGUAACUGAGCAAUUUAAAGGUGGAUUUAUGUGGACAAGCAAUCCAUGGGAUGGAGACGGAGAUGGAUGUAGAACUACUUUAAUGAGCGCGAGGAAGACCGGAGUGUCCAAAAGCAGCAGCAGCAACAGCGCUAUAGAGGAUCCAUGUCACUGACAAUGGCAAAUGGAUAAAUGAAGCUGGAGGUCUCGGGGUGUCCUCAAGAAGCAGGUGUAGAGGAUCCAUGUCAUUGCAUUGGUCGCUGUCCACCGCGCCGGUGGUGCUGAGAUCUGGAUGAUGCAGGGCUGCCGCUCCCUUCACAUUAACGAAGACAAUGGGCGCUUUCUGCUGCUCGCGUUGCUCAUCAUCGUGUAUUUGCUGUGUGGCGCUGCGGUGUUUUCCGCCAUCGAGAGGCCGUCCGAGCUGCGGGCACACGGGCGCUGGAACCGGACCCUCCUGAACUUCAGUGACACGUUCAAUAUCAGUUUGCAGGAUCUGAGCUCCUUCCUGAAAGAGUACGAGGUUGCGAUUGCUGCUGGAGCUCGGGUCGAUGCUCUUCGACCCAGAUGGGAUUUUACAGGGGCGUUUUAUUUUGUUGGGACAGUGGUGUCCACUAUAGGAUUCGGGAUGACCACCCCUGUGACAGUAGCUGGAAAGAUCUUCUUGAUCUUCUACGGUCUGUUAGGUUGCGCGGCCACCAUCCUGUUCUUCAACCUGUUUCUGGAGCGCAUCAUUACCCUGCUGGCUGUGGUGAUGAAGGCCGUUCGUCUUCGUCGUCUGAGGACCAGUGGUCUCCUCCCGCCGGGGAUCUGCACGGACUUCGCCGCAAGUACGUUGCCAGGCUGGAAGCCCUCGGUGUACCACGUGAUGCUCAUUCUGGGUUUGUCGGCCAUCGUGAUCUCCUGCUGCGCGUCGGCCAUGUACACUCCAGUAGAGGGCUGGGCGUACUUGGACUCGCUCUAUUUUUGCUUCGUCACCUUCAGCACGAUUGGGUUCGGGGAUUUGGUGAGCAGUCAGAGUGCUGUGUACGGCUACCAAAGCCUCUACCGGUUGGCUAACUGUCUCUUCAUCUUGGCUGGAGUAUGUUGCAUCUACUCUCUCUUCAAUGUCAUCUCGAUCGUUAUCAAGCAGGUCCUCAACUGGAUGUUGGGGAAAAUGAGUUGCUUGUGUUGCCAACGCUGCAACAAAGCAAACGCUUUCUUGGGACGCCGCAACGCCAUCAGGCCCGGCUCACGCCUCCGAAAGGGACGAUUCGGGCAAGCGCCGGACUCGGACGGGCCUUGCGACAGCGACACGGAGGGCCGUAGGCUUUCGGGUGAGAUGAUCUCCAUGCGGGACCUGACGGGAUCCAAUAAAAUCUCACUGGCUAUUAUGCAGAAACAGCUUUCGGAGUCAGCAAACGGAUAUCCCAGAACGGUCUGCGGAAGCUCGAGGCAAAACGGCUUUUCCGGGGGCGUCGGUGCUCUCGGCAUUAUGAACAACCGAUUAGCAGAAACCAGUGACUCUAGGUAGAGCUAACCUUUGCCUAAACAGGGUAAGCAUCUCAAAAAAAACGAUUAUCUUUAGCAGUAAAACCUCUCCAACUCUCUCUGGAAGUAAAGCGGCUU